GCGUACGGGCCGUAUUUUACGAAACGGAAUAUUUUACUACACCGAUCUCAAAAAACAAACAUCGUUCCCGUGGAAAUGUUGGGAUAAGUGCCUAUUCAUCUAAUGAUAGCCAUGGCGCGCAUAGUAGUGGCUGGAGGAGCAUUGCUCUACAUCCUUAGUAUAGCGGUAGAGACCAGUGCUCUCAUUCUUCUACCGCACGACGUUCGCCCUGGACACGCCGUUCGCCAUUUCACUGGAAACCACACUCGCUACACCCUUCUCGACCCUGAAUUCACGUCAUAUUUCACCCUUUUGGAUGAUGGCCUACUUAUGACUACAGCUGAUCUCACACCACUCCUGAAUCAACCAUUAAACCUUGCCAUCUUGGAAAGAACACCGUAUAGCAGUUCAGCACAUUCAUUACACCUGUUAGUUAUGGAUCGCAGAAAAAUGCUCAGUUUUACCACAAUCAAUGGUCUUCGUGGAGAGAUCCCAGAAAAUUCACCUGAAGGCACAGUGGUAGACUUACCACCUAUAAGAGCCACUGCCCUCGUUAAUAUUGGCCGUAUUGCUUACAAAAUCAUUAAGGGAAAUGAUGAUUCUACCUUCGCUCUACGAGAGAAAGAUACAGGGCCAAACUAUGACCUUAAAUCAGUCGUUACUGAAGGUGACGUCGAAAUAGUGGCGUUGCGACCUCUUGACGCUGAAACUAAAAAUCUUUAUGAUUUUAUAAUUCAGGCAACCGAUUUACAUGGCGUGAGUAAAGCUAGUUUGCCAAUUACAGUUAGUGUAUUAAAUGAAAACGACCAUGAGCCGGUAUUCGAUCAAGAAUUGUAUUAUUUCACUGUUAAUGGGACUAUUGAUAAAAAUAUAAAUAAUGGUUCUGCACAUUGGCCAAGAUUUUCUAACAUUGGUAUAGUUCACGCCUCUGAUUCUGAUGGUGAUCGCGUCUACUAUUCAAUAAAAACUCCGACUAAUUUAGCUGUCAUUGUGCCACAAACUGGAGAGUUAAUACUCGCAGGAGAACCAGAUGGUUAUGAUGCUGAGCUUCUAGUAGUAGCCCAUGAUGUUGGAACGCCUUCUAGAAAGAGUAAACCGGCUCAAGUUUUUCUGGAAUUUGUGGUUCGGGAAGAAAGGGAAUUACCAACUCUUCACCGAGAGAAGCGGCGAGUGACACGCGCUGUUCGGCCCACAAAAAGGAUAGAAUUCACUGAAGCUGAUGGUGAAGUAGAAGGGCGUGCAGUUUUCACUUUGGAAAAGGAAACCGACCGCGAAACUUUCAAAAUCCGAGAUGAAAAUCCGUGGGUUACAGUGGAACCGAGUGGUGUUGUGAAAGUUAAAAAGAAGUGGGACUUUGAAGAGCUUGGACCUGAGAAAACUAUCGACUUCUGGGUGACUAUCACGAAUGCCGGAAAUGGAGUGGCCUUGAAGUAUACAGACAACCAGCGCGUGAUCAUUCAUGUAAAAGACGUGAACGAUGAGCCUCCAUACUUCAUCAACCGACCGCUGCCAAUGCAGACUGUGGUCCAACUCAAUGCAGCCCCCAACACACCAGUCUUUACUCUUCAAGCGAGGGACCCUGAUACAGAUCACAACAUCCACUACUUCAUAGUCAGAGAUAGAACUGGAGGGAGGUUCGAGGUUGAUGAGCGGUCAGGUGUUGUUCGUACGAGGGGAACUGAUCCAUUUCAACUAGACAUGGAGUAUGUGCUGUAUGUGAAAGCGGAAGAUCAGAGUGGACGUGUAGACGAAAGGAGAUUCCAGUCAACGCCCGAAGAACGGCUAAGCAUCGUUGGAGGGAAGCGAGCCCCACAAUUCUACUUGCCCAGCUAUGAAGCGGAAAUUGCGGAAAAUCAGAAAAAAGAUUCAGAUAUAAUUUCGGUAAAAGCGAAGUCAUUUGCUGACCGUGAAAUCCGUUAUACGCUGAAGGCUCAGGGGCAAGGAGCUGGAACAUUCAACAUUGGUCCUACAUCUGGUAUUGUGAAGCUCGCUAAAGAAUUAGAUUUCGAAGACUUGAGACAACCGCACGUGUACUCUCUAGUGGUCACCGCGACAGAAGAUUCUGGAGGGUUUUCUACGUCUGUAGAUUUAACAAUACGCGUCUCUGACGUCAACGAUAACGCUCCCAAGUUCGAGUUACCAGACUACCAAGCACACAACGUGGAUGAAGACAUUCCGCUGGGCACUAGCAUCCUUAAAGUUAAAGCUAUGGAUGCUGACUCCGGAAAGAACGCUGAGAUUGAAUAUUUAGUUUCAGAUGAUCACUUCAGUGUCGAUUCAAACGGAAUCAUCACUAACAACAAGCAGUUGGAUGCUGACAAUAACAACGCUUACUACGAGUUCGUGGUAACUGCAAAGGAUAAGGGAGAACCAGCAAAAACUGGAACUGCUACAGUUAGAGUAUAUACGAAGAACAAAAACGAUGAAGAACCUAAAUUUUCUCAACAAGUAUAUACGCCUAAUGUAGAUGAAAAUGCAGGUCCCAAUACUUUGGUCACCACUGUUGUUGCAUCAGAUAAAGAUGGGGAUAAUGUUCGAUUUGGUUUUGUCGGAGGUGGCACAAGCUCAGGUCAAUUCGUAAUUGAAGAAAUAACUGGAGUCAUACGAUUACACAAUAAAGCUAUAUCGUUGGACAGAGAUAAGUAUGAGCUGAAUGUCACAGCUUUGGAUGACGGCGCAUGUUGUGUUAACGGCGAUGCGACCAUACAUACGUCUACUGCAGUCGUCGUAGUAUUCAUAACUGAUGUAAAUGAUAACAAGCCGAUUUUCAAGGAUUGUCCAACGUAUUUCCCUAAAGUCGAAGAAGGUGCACCGAAUGGUAGUCCUGUGAUAAAAGUACACGCCACCGACGAAGAUAAAGGAGUUAAUGGCCAAGUCAAAUAUUCCAUUGUACAGCAGCCAAAUCAAAAGGGUACAAAAUUCACGGUUGACGAAGAAACAGGUGAAGUGUCCACGAACAAAGUAUUCGAUAGAGAAGGGGAUGAUGGGAAGUUUGUUUCAGUUACAGUCAAAGCUACAGAUCAAGGUGACCCAUCGUUGGAAGGAGUCUGUUCCUUCACCGUUGAAAUCACCGAUGUCAACGAUAAUCCACCGUUGUUCGAUCGUCAAAAAUACGUCGAGAACGUAAAACAAGAUGCCAGUAUAGGCACAAAUAUCUUAAGAGUAUCAGCAUCUGACGAAGAUGCUGAUAAUAAUGGAGCGAUCGUUUAUACUUUGAGCGCUCCUUAUAAUCCGGCUGACAUAGAAUACUUUGAGAUCCAACCUGAAUCAGGAUGGAUAGUCUUAAAGAAACCGUUAGACCGGGACAGGUAUCGCCUGCGCGUCCGCGCCUCCGACAGAGGGGACCCGCCGUCCUCCGCAGACGUGGACGUUGAAUUAGACGUGGUAGACAGGAACAAUAAACCUCCCAUCUGGGACAUGUCCACGUAUGGCCCCGUUCACAUCAAAGAGAAUGUCACAGUGGGUACCGUAGUGACCAGUGUGAAAGCCAGCUCCGGCAUUGAAAACAACCCAACCGUAUUUUACCGGCUGAUGCCCGGCUCCACGGCUCAAACGAACAAAUUCCACACUUUCUAUUUACAACAAAGAGCUGAUAAUGGAUUUACUUGGGCCGAUAUUAAAGUGAAUCAUCCCUUGGACUAUGAGAGCAUUAAGGAAUACAACUUGACAAUACGAGUGGAGAACAACGGAGCGCAGCAACUAGCCUCGGAGACAACAGUAUACAUAAUGCUUGAAGAUGUCAACGACGAGAUUCCCUUAUUCACUGAGCGAGAACAAGAGACAGUGCUUGAAGGGGAACCCAUAGGUACCAAGGUGACGCAGGUCAACGCUAUUGACAAGGACGGGACUUUCCCUAAUAACCAGGUGUAUUACUACAUCGUGGACUCGCCGCGCAACGAAGGCAAGGACUUCUUCGAGAUCAGCAUGCAGACUGGAGAAAUCUUCACAAAAGUGGUGUUUGACAGAGAAAAGCAAGGCGCCUACGCUUUAGAAGUAGAGGCAAGAGAUGGAGCCCCCUCGGCUCGACCAAAUUCAGAAAAUCAGCCGAAUUCAGGUAAGUCCACAACCAAACCGUUACCUAAAUAA